GGGACAUGGUACCCUACCGACAACUCGGUAAGGUAUGAUACAGUAAGCUCUACCUGGAGGGGGGCGUCAGGCGGGGUGGGGCGCUGGGCUUCGAUCUCACCUUGAAUCCGUCUUUUUUUUCCCCCAAAGUUGUCCCUCUGGGUAAUAGUGCUACUAUAAGUAGCGAGGCUCGCAUCACGUCUUCGCCAUGGCGCUGCCCUGUCAUCCCUCCCAAACCCCCGUUACAGCGUCCCGUAUCCCGUAGACGACGACGAAGAAGCAGCCGCUCAAGAUGAAGGCAUACAUGUACGACAACCUGCCGGGCGACCAGCGUCUGCCCCACGACUCCGGCCGCCAGGUAACCGCAGAGGACCUGGCCAGCCUCGGCGUGCUGUACCACCGCUUUCCCGAGACGAGCGACGUCGAUGCCCUGGCCGCUGAGCGCGGGUACAGAAACCGCGACGAGAUUGUCGUCUCGCCAGACAAGAUGGGCGACGUGUACGAGGACAAGGUCAAGUCCUUCUUCAACGAGCACCUGCACGAGGACGAGGAGAUUCGAUACAUCCGCGGCGGCCAGGGCUACUUUGACGUGCGCAACAAGGGCGACGAGUGGGUGCGCAUCCAGCUGGAGAAGGACGACCUCAUCAUCCUGCCCGCGGGCAUCUUUCACCGAUUCACCACAGACGAGUCCAACUACGUUCAUGCCAUGAGACUCUUCAAGGAUGAGCCUAAGUGGACGCCUUUGAACCGCGCUCCGGAGCUGGAUAGCAACAACUACCGUAAGGAAUAUGUCAGCCAGUACCUCAACUAA